UAAUCCAACCGGACCAGACUGGGUGCCAGACGGAUAGCACAUCUCGAUUGGUAAUGCCUGUUCUCUCUAUAUGAAAUGCAGAUGCAGCCCCCGAUGUGGGCGACCGUCUGUCUCAUUUGAAACUGGAAAAAAUCUUCAAACAACAAAAUCCACCGUAAGCCUGCGAAACCAUGGGCAGGUCCUGUACUAAAUGGUCAGCCUGUGAUGCGCGUGGUUGAGGAGAGUUGAUAAGGAGAUGGGCUGCACCUCAGCCAAACAGGUGUCGGCGGUGCCCAGUGGAGAAGAGGGCCGGAGUAAAGCCUACAGUAACGGGGACCUUCUCUCUGAUGAGUACAAGAUGAAAGGAGUGGAGAAGGUGAAGUACAUCAGCGGAGAGGAGGGAGGGGGGAACAACUGCCACCAGGACAGCACAGAGAAGAGUGCCCUGCUCAGCAGAGGCCAACAUACAGACAACACAGGAUCAAACGGCAAUGGAAAGAUACAUAUCCAUUCCUCAGAGAGCCAACAAGAGUUUUUCAGGAUGUUGGAUGAAAAGAUAGAAAAGGGUCGGGACUACUGCUCAGAGGAGGAGGAUAUGACAUAGCUCCCCCUUCCCAGAGAGAAGACGAGGGAUGUUCAGUGUGAUGGACAGACUGCACCACACAACCUUUCUCCCAGUGACAUUGUUCCUAUUGGAACAGCCCAUGUAUGGGAUGUUGGGAGGCUGGAGAUGAACAUAUUAACCUGACCUAAAGCACCUUUUUUCUGCCCUUUGCCUACAAACCAACCUGCCACACUGCCCAGUACUGAUGAGCCCUAAGGAACGAUGUUUCCUUCCCAAUGACUUCAGACUGUCAAAUAAUGUUGUAUUAUCACCAGUCGCACUCUGCGUGAGAGCCUGACAUCAUGUUUACCCUUGUAGUAGUUACUACUCUAACCGUGUGCGCUCCUUAAAAGGGACUCUGACAAUGAGGAACAUAACAUUCAUUAUGACACGAUCUGUUGACUGAGACCAAUGUUGCCAGUUCUACUGGUUUAAAGGAAUAGUCUCUGUGUUUGUAUGUUGACCAGAAUAUUGGAGGCUAAAGUGAUGCUGUUUGGAAUGAUGGAAUGACUUACCCAGUGUCAGACCAUCACAGAUGGACUAGCACAGGAAAAGAGCAACUUCUCUCUUAUCAGUUAAGAUUUUUUGUAAAGCGUCACUACAGGUGGGAAACUGCUGUCUGCUAAGUUUUAAAUGUCUCACUUCUUAACGUGUUCCCUACUAAUAUAAGGGGACAACAUCCUGCAUUCCAAGACACUUCUUUUUUUCCAGUAUUAACAUGUUUUUUCAAGUAUCUUCAUACAACGUGUCUGUGUCUUCCUUCACCAUGUAGAGUAUUCUUGUUUAAUGUUAUUACUCAGGGUUGAGGUGUUUAGUCAUGGUCUUUUGUAGCCAAGUUUUCCUCUUCAUUAGACAUCCAUCAUCAUACAUAUACAAACUCAUCUGAAAGUAUGAAUACUUCUUGUUCUCCAUAUGUUUUUACAGCAGUUCUACACAGAAUACACUGUAAAUGUUCAUAGUAUGGGUCUCACGUGUUGUCAUUGUG